AGCCUGAACAUCAGAUUCAGGGCCUAUCGCGAAAAACGGAGGUUGUUGUCCGUCCCUUUCCGACGGAUCUCCCUCUCUCGUCAGAUGGGUUUAUACCUAUAAGGAUAUCAGGUCUCGUCAAAUCCGCAAACCUUACGGCGUCCGAGCUUCCAUCGACUUCUGGUGCAGUGCGCUUCGUGUCUCACGCGCGUCGAGGCUGCAAUGGCGCGGCUGUGUAUCUUAUUAGUUUCGCUCGUCUUCGCCGUCGUCUGUGUUACCGAUGUCGCCAGCGUUCGCGGAGAGCCUUCCGCUCGCGUGCUCGCUUCAGGCGGAGGAAUGAAGAGGGUGGAGGAGGUUUCGCUGAAGGGACCUUAUCUCAGGCGGCGACUGCUGCAAGCCAAGCGCGCGCGCCGCAAGCAGCAGCUGGACGACGGGCCGGGGAGCGCGUUCGCGGAGGAUGUGCCGUUUCGGAAGGGCAAGAGCCGCGCAGGGGCCGCUGCAGCAGGCGCGGAGGGCGCCGCCCAGCCCCAACCGCAGCUGGACACGCUCCCCUCGCAGGUGCCCGCGCAGAUCCCCGACGCCCCCCCCGGCACGUCCACUCUGCUGGACCCCGUCCCCUCCGACGCGCCCCUCGCCUCCGACCAACCCUCCCUCUCCACCUCCACAUCCCUCUCCACCCCUCUCUCCUCCGCUUCUCUCUCGCCCGCUGACACCCUUGCGGACGAGCUGGCGGGGCUGAGCCAGCGCUUGGCUAAGAGUCUGCGGGACGUGCGGGGGUAUGUGAAGCUGAACGUGUCGACGGCGACGGUGCAGCAGGUGUGCGAGAUGGUCGACCACAGCCUGGCGCCGUGGGUGCGCAUCCCGCAGAUCCGCGAGGGCAUGGGAGCUGGGGGCAUGGUGGCUCCCAGCCUCAUCAAGACCAUCAGCCAGCGCCCCCGGUUCAUGUCGUGUGCAGGCCAUGUGAGGGUGGUGGACGGCUCCGUCUACUUCCGCCUGGGCGGCUUCAUCACCGUCCCCUACCGCGUCAGGCGCUUCCUGCAGACCGUUGCCACCAUCCAACGCGCGGUCGACUUCUACAACCUGCCGGGCGUGCGGGCGGAGUUCUUUGUCAACACGUGCGACCUGCCCAUCAGCUAUGACAGCGACGUGGGCGGCAGCCGCCCGGUGGGCUUCCCAUUCUUCAGCACACGCGUGGUCCCUGGGUCGGUGGACAUCGCCAUUCCCGAUCCCCUCGACCUGCCAGAGAACAUGGACCUGCCAGAGAACGUCGAGGUGCCGUGGGAGGAGAAGGAGAACCGCGCCGUGUUCCGCGGCACGGCCAGCAGCUUCCCGUUUGAAGACUCGCAGAACUGGCGGGCGCACCCCCUCAUCCGCCUGCACAGGAUGGCGGAUGCUCGUCCGGACCUGCUGGACGUGAAGCUCAUUGGGUGGAGCCGCGACAUUGAGGGGGAUGUGCGCAAGAGGAUGGAGGCGGACGGGGUGGCAAUGGUGGGGCGCGCGUCUCUGUCGUCCGAUCCGCCUCUCUCCAAGUUCAAGUACCAGGUUGUGUCGGGGCUGCCCUCCUCGCACCAGACGUGUGCCAUUCUGGCUCGGGGGGAACAGGUGGCCAUCCGCCAGGCCACGCCCUACGCGGAGUUCUUCACACCACUCUUAAAGCCCUACGUGAACUUCAUCCCGGCGAACCGGCACUUUGACAACCUGAUAGAGAAGCUGCGGUGGGCGCAGAGCCACGACAACCACGUUCACCACAUGGUGGCCGCCGCCAAGAGGGCUUCCAAGUGGGCAUGCACCCGUGGGGGCCACAUGCUUUACUGGGCCGUCCUCCUUAUAAAGUACUCCAAGAACGCGCUACAAGACCCCUCCACAAUCAAGGCGCCGGUCAAGACGCUCUGCCAGGAUCCCCUUGAUCCCGCCCUGCUGGAAAUGGCCGGCCUGUCUGCCUCCACCUCCUCCUCCCCUCCCUCCCUCACUCUCCCUGACUCCUGGCCCCCCACCUGCUCUCCUGACAACAUUGACAGGAGCGCCCAGCCCAAGUGUGUCUUUUACUGCAGGAAGGGCAUUAUCCCCUCUAAGAGCUUUGUGUGGGUUUCUGCAGAGGCCCUCAAGGCAGGUGGUGGUGCGCAGGCAGCGUAGCGUGACGUGUGUUGGUGGGUUGUAAAUUUGAGGGAUGUGGUCGUGAUGGUUCCCUGAGCUUUUACUGCUGUUUGUGUGGCGCAGCUCAUAACGUGCACUCACGUCGCAUUACAUCUGAUGGGCAACCGUGCCUUGACUGGGGAUUUGCAUGUAUGACAAAGUUGCCAUGUCCAAGUUUGGAAUGUGGGGGGGGCAGAAGAUGCACAAAUCAUGAUACCGAUAGUUAUGAAGUAGGUAUUAUUAAAGCGAGAGGUCAAAAUAGUAAAGGCGGGUCCAACUU